CCUUUCCUAAAACAAGAAGCGCAUUGCCUUGCUUCUUUCAACCCACUUUCAUGGCUUCCAAAACACAAGCUCUCGUCCUCCUUCUUUUCCCCUUCUUGGUCUUAUCUCACUCGAGCUCUUCCCUGUCUUGUCCAAUUGUCACCUACUGGGGACAGAAUGGGGGAGAAGGAGAGUUGGAUACAGCAUGCGACACCGGAAACUACGAGAUCAUAAACAUCGCAUUCAUGAACACAUUCGGCAGUGGACGGACUCCAAACAUUGACCUCUCAGGACAUUGUGAUUGGUCCACCGGUGUCGCUAAUUGCACCGGAUAUUACUCCCAAAUAGCCUACUGCCAAAGCAAAAGCGUCAAAAUCUUCCUCUCUCUUGGAGGAGCUUCUGGGCAAUAUGGCUUUUCUUCAGCUGACGACGCCAAGGAGUUUGCAGAUCACCUCUGGACCUACUACCUCAGUGGCCAAAGUUCAGGUCUACUGGGUCUCGUCGCCUUAGAUGGCAUCGAUUUUGACAUCGAAGGGGGUACAAACUUGUACUGGGAUGUGCUUCUGCAAGAGCUUUACACAUACAGCCAACAAAAGAAGAUUUACUUAUCAGCAGCGCCACAAUGCCCAAUCCCAGACUACUACUUAAACACUGCCAUCAGCACAGGGCUGUUCGACUAUAUUUGGGUCCAGUUCUACAACAACCCUCCCUGCGAAUACACCGACGAUGGAGAUACUCAGAAACUUAUAAAUUCAUGGAACCAAUGGACCACCGACUUCAACGCCACCAAGUUCUAUGUCGGCCUCCCGGCUUCUCCUGCUGCAAAUGGUAGUGCUGGUGGUUAUGUCCCAAUUGAUGUGCUCAACAAUGAGAUUCUUCCGGUAGUAGAAACAUCUCCCAAGUUUGGUGGGGUGAUGUUAUGGAGCAGGUACUAUGAUUAUAUAUCUGGGUACAGCGAUCAGAUCGUGUGUACUACCUCUGGAGCUUUUAAUGUCGUACGGUCGCCGUUGGUUGCCAUGAUGAAGUCUGCCUCGGAGGUUCUGGAUCGCCUUUUAUCGCACUUGUAGUGUGACUGCAACUUCUCUAGUAUGGAAUAAGUUGUAGGAGGCCAGUGCCUUCUAUCCUUCUGCGAUGACAGCCUGAUUCUAGUCAGGUUAUCAUGGAUCAUUAAUAAAUAAAAACUUUCAUUGACUGCGUGA